GGGCCCCAGGUAUAAGUAGUGCACCAUAUAGGGAAUAGGGUGCCAUUUGGACCUAACGAAGGGUUUGUCAUCAGGUAUUGUCAUAUAUAGGGGCCCUGAGGCCAGGGGGGACAGUAUUAUAGACGGACCACCACACAGAGAGGAGAGAGAUGAAGCUACUACAUAUCCUCUGCUUCUGCCUGGCUGUCCUCGCCUCCACUUGGGCUGAGACAGGAGGGGUUGGGAGACAUAGGAAUGGUGGUAUUAAACGACCCAAGACCCCCUGUGAGCGUGCAAGAGAUGCUGUGAAAAAUGGACUAAUUGGAGCUGACAUCCCCACUUGUGAUGACGAUGUAGAAUACACCCAUGAGCAAUGUUCAGGCUCUACAGGUUACUGUUGGUGUGUGAACAGUUCUGGACAGAAGGUCCCGGGUACUGAAACUCGACCAGGCACUGCUAGAAUCAACUGUGCCACACAGAAUGGUAUGAUGCGACCCAAGACCCCCUGUGAGAUUGCUAGAGAUACUGCGAUGAAAAUAGUCAGGCUUGGAGUCUACGUCCCCACAUGUGACAACGAUGGACAAUACACCCCUGAGCAAUGCAGGGCCUCUACAGGUUACUGUUGGUGUGUGAACAGUUCUGGACAGAAGAUCCAGGGUACUGAGACUCCACCAGGCACUGCUAGAAUCAACUGUGCCACACAGAAUGGUAUGAUACGAUCCAAGACUCCCUGUGAGAUUGCUAGAGAUACUGCGAUGAAAAUAGUCAGGCUUGGAGUCUACGUCCCCACGUGUGACAACGAUGGACAAUACACCCCUGAGCAAUGCAGGGCCUCUACAGGUUACUGUUGGUGUGUGAACAGUUCUGGACAGAAGAUCCAGGGUACUGAGACUCCACCAGGAACUGCUAUAAUCAACUGUGCCACACAGAAUGGUAUGAUGCGACCCAAGACUCCCUGUGAGAUUGCUAGAGAUACUGCGAUGAAAAUAGUCAGGCUUGGAGUCUACGUCCCCACGUGUGACAACGAUGGACAAUACACCCCUGAGCAAUGCAGGGCCUCUACAGGUUACUGUUGGUGUGUGAACAGUACUGGACAGAAGAUCCAGGGUACUGAGACUCCACCAGGAACUGCUAUAAUCAACUGUGCCACACAGAAUGGUAUGAUACGAUCCAAGACUCCCUGUGAGAUUGCUAGAGAUACUGCGAUGAAAAUAGUCAGGCUUGGAGUCUACGUCCCCACGUGUGACAACGAUGGACAAUACACCCCUGAGCAAUGCAGGGCCUCUACAGGUUACUGUUGGUGUGUGAACAGUUCUGGACAGAAGAUCCAGGGUACUGAGACUCCACCAGGAACUGCUAUAAUCAACUGUGCCACACAGAAUGGUAUGAUGCGACCCAAGACUCCCUGUGAGAUUGCUAGAGAUACUGCGAUGAAAAUAGUCAGGCUUGGAGUCUACGUCCCCACGUGUGACAACGAUGGACAAUACACCCCUGAGCAAUGCAGGGCCUCUACAGGUUACUGUUGGUGUGUGAACAGUUCUGGACAGAAGAUCCAGGGUACUGAGACUCCACCAGGAACUGCUAUAAUCAACUGUGCCACACAGAAUGGUAUGAUACGACCCAAGACUCCCUGUGAGAUUGCUAGAGAUACUGCGAUGGAAAAAGUCGGGCUUGGAGUCUACGUCCCCACAUGUGACAACGAUGGACAAUACACCCCUGAGCAAUGCAGGGCCUCUACAGGUUACUGUUGGUGUGUGUUCAGUUCUGGACAGAAGAUCCCGGGUACUGAGACUCCUCCGGGCACUCCUAGAAUCAACUGUACCACACAGAAUGCUACGAUCCGAUCCAAGACCCCCUGUGAGCGUGCUAGAGAUGAUGUGAUAAAUGGCCCAAUUGGAGCCUUCAUCCCCACAUGUGACGCCGCUGGACAAUACACCCCUGAGCAAUGUUGGGGCUCUACAGGUCAAUGUUGGUGUGUGAACAGUUCUGGACGGAAGAUCCCGGGUACUGAGACUCUACCAGGCACUGCUAGAAUCAACUGUUCCACCCAGACCGGUGUGGAGAAUUACAAGCCUACGAGGACAGGACAUUCAUUCACCGAGAACGACGAGCCCCCGUUAGCUGAUUCUAGCAGCGAAGAGGACAAACCGGAGGAGUCCGAGCCAUGCACUUCCACCGAUGAUGACAGCUCUCUGGCUGGACAAGAACAGGUGGUCGCACCAGGCCUAGCUACACCUCCAAACAAUGCCGGUGAAGACCCUACUAUCUUGGACCCAGACUCAGAUUCGUCGCUCCCGUCCCCUGUGACAGUGGUGGUGCUGCUGCUAAAUCCGACUCCCAGACAAAAACAUAGAAGAUCCCGGUGA